GAGGAAGUGGCUCCGCUAACUACGAGUCGCUAACAGUAGUGGAAGAACUUUUGUGACUUUUUGCUGCUUAACCGAGUUUUUGUUUUUGCUUUUAAAUUUUGAGAAUGUGUUCCAUAUGUUUCUGUAUACCUCCGUACAAAAAGCGCUGAUGCCGCUGGAGGCGUCGAAGAGUUUAGCUCCAAAGAACUGCACUGAUUCCGGAACUGACACCAGAACCGAAUCGGAAUGACUGCAGACCAGGACCGGUACAAAGUGGUGGUGGUGGGAGGAGGAGGAGUAGGAAAGAGCGCCUUGACCAUCCAGUUCAUCCAGGCCUACUUUGUGUCGGACUACGACCCCACCAUUGAAGACUCCUACACAAAGAUCUGUAAUGUGGAUGGCAAGGAGACACGCCUGGACAUCUUGGACACUGCCGGUCAGGAGGAGUUUGGGGCCAUGAGGGAGCAGUACAUGCGCUCAGGAGAGGGUUUCUUACUGGUGUUUGCACUCAACGACCGUGGCAGCUACCAUGAGAUCCAGAAGUUUCACACCCAGAUCUUGAGGGUAAAGGACUGUGAUGACUUUCCAAUGGUCCUAAUUGGGAACAAGUCGGACCUGGAACAGCACAGAGUGAUUUCCACAGAAGAUGCCCAGGCCUUUGCCAGAGAGAACAGGAUCCACUAUAUGGAGGCUUCAGCCAAGAACCGCUACAAUGUGGACGAAGCCUUCUUGGAGCUGGUGCAAAUUAUUCGACGGUUUCAGGAGAUGGAAAGUCCUCCACCAGUUCAUCAUACAGCCAAGCAGAGGAGCAGCAGCUGCCCCUGUGUGGUCCUCUAGGCUGCUCCCUCCUCAGCCUGUCCGCCUCUCUUCACUGUGUUUUCUUCUAAAGUAGAAGACACUCGGAGAGCGCAAACCUCUGCAAAGGCCACAUGUUGCCUAAAGCUUCUCCUGGAUCUAAAAUAUGUUCCAGAUCAAAUUCAAAAUAUAUCCCUCGUUUUCUCAAGCCAGAUUUCAACUACAUCCUCUCUCAGUUUUGGGUUAAAUGUUGCUACGUGCCAAAUAUUCUUCUGGCUCUCACAUCCAGAAUAUAUCGCUGAUCACCUCCAAAAGCUAAUCACUUAUUUCUUGAAACAUUAUCCAUCCGCUCGGCAUAUUUCAUUGAGAUGUGUAUGUUACUUUUUGAGUUAUCCUGCUAACAGACAGACAGAUAAAUGCUGGUGGAAACAUUACCUCCUUGGUGGAGGUAACAACUUUAGUGUUGCAGAAGCAUAACUCACAUCGUGGCAACAGAGUCCACGGAGGACAAGGAAGGACCGCAGCUCCCAUAAUGCAUUUUCACAGCACAUCCCCAUCAUUCACAGAGACGUCCAAAGAGACUGAACCAGUCUUUAUAGUUUUGAUUACACCAGUACACGGCGGGAGCACACACACAGGUGGGGCUUUAGUCCUGUUUGUGAGGAGUGUGUGUUGAACAACAUACCUCAAAGACUGAGAAUCAGCCAAGGACAGAGUGACCGGAGUGGAGGAAAAGUUCAUUCAAAGUCAACUUUACAGUUUUAAACCUGCUGAGAAGAAGAUUGGUUGUUAUCUCAACAGGCUCUGGGUCCUCGGCCUUUGAGGUCAGGAAGGCCUUCUGGAGUCAUGACGUCACUGGACACAAGUGUUUGAUGAUGCUGAUAUCGCUGUAGUGACUUGGAGAAGUGCUAGGACACGCCCACAUUUCACCUGGCUGAAGCAGAUCGAUGGCUACUGUGGAGAGAUGGAGAUGGCUGUCUGCCUCGUAGGAACGUCAGGGUCCACAAAACCCAUGGUUCAAAUUGGAUAUGGAUUUUAGGCCACGGUUCAGAACAUUUUUGGUUCACCCCACCCCCCCACCCCAAAAGGGACAAAUUCUACUUGCUUUCCAUUUUAUAAAAGAAAUUAUU